GCAAGUUGGCCCCGCGGACUCCUAGAUACCUUUGCCGCCUGGCUGGGGCUUCCUCCGCGUCGUGAGGGAGGUCGAGCCUGUUGUCGAGGAGGGCUGAGCGCGGGGCCUUCCAAGCCUGAGUGGCCGGAAGGAGGGCGGCGGGAGGGCCACCCGCGUGGCGCCAGGCUGCCCUGAGAGGGUCUCGGGGCCUCCGAGUGCACCAGAGCGGUGGACCCCCGGGGUCCCUCGCCCGUUCGCUGCUCCCUUCUCCCAAGGCAAUCGUCACCUGCGCGGGCCGGGGGAGGGAGUCGCCAUGGAGCCUGGGGGCAGAGGUGACAAGUAGCUGUGUGUGGCAGUAUCCUCAAGUUUACUGCAAAGCAAGAGUAAUCAUCAUGGCUCCUGUCUCCACUUGUAGGGUCACUUUCUGAGGACUCAGGCCUUCCCUGUGCUGGAGACCCAAAAGAAAAUGGCAUGACCCCUGUGCUGCUGACCCCUGCAUCCCAGGGCUUCCAAUUUCCAAGCCUGAUGUAAUCUCUCAGUUGGAGUGUGGGGAAGAGUUAGAGAGAGAAGUAUCAAAAGCAUCAGACUGGGAGACAAUACCAGAAAGCAAGGAGUUUACUCCAGAGCAGGGUAUUUCUGAGGAAGAAUCAGCCGCUGGUGUGUUAAUAGAAAGAUUUCCAAAGGAAAGUUCCAGUGAAUGUGAGGAUUCUUUAGAGAGUCAGGAGGAAAACCAUGAGAAACAUUUAAUACAGGAGGUUGUCACUCAGAAGAAAUCUUCUGGGGAGGGAAGUUACCAGUGUGAUGAAUUUGGGGGAAGUUUUAGUCAAAGAUCAUUACUUAUUCAACAGCAAGGAGAGAGACUACACAACUGUGAUUCAUUUAAAAAGAACUUAAAAUUCAGAUCUAAUGAGGCACGAGAAAAUUUGUGCAGAGAAGAAACCUUGGAAGUGUAAUGAGUGUGAGAAAGCCUUUAGUUACUACUCAGCUUUUGUCUUGCAUCAGAGAAUUCACACAGGAGAAAAGCCCUACGAAUGUAAUGAAUGUGGUAAAGCUUUUAGCCAGAGCAUACACCUUACUCUACACCAGAGAAUUCAUACUGGAGAGAAACCCUACGAAUGUCAUGAAUGUGGGAAAGCCUUCAGUCACCGCUCUGCCCUUAUUCGGCAUCAUAUCAUCCAUACUGGAGAGAAGCCCUAUGAAUGCAAUGAAUGUGGGAAGGCCUUUAAUCAGAGCUCAUACCUCACUCAACAUCAGCGAAUUCAUACUGGAGAGAAACCUUAUGAGUGUAACGAAUGUGGGAAGGCCUUUAGCCAAAGCACAUUCCUUACCCAGCAUCAGGUCAUUCACACUGGAGAGAAACCCUAUAAAUGUAAUGAAUGUGGGAAAGCCUUUAGUGAUCGAUCAGGCCUUAUUCAGCACCAGAGAACUCAUACUGGGGAGAGGCCUUAUGAGUGUAAUGAGUGUGGGAAAGCCUUUGGCUACUGUUCAGCCCUGACUCAACACCAGAGAACUCACACUGGGGAGAAACCCUAUAAAUGCAAUGAUUGUGCCAAAGCCUUCAGCGACCGCUCAGCCCUUAUUCGUCAUCAGAGAACACACACUGGAGAGAAACCUUAUAAGUGUAAGGACUGUGGAAAAGCUUUCAGCCAGAGCUCAUCUCUUACAAAGCAUCAGAAAACUCACACUGGAGAAAAGCCCUAUAAGUGUAAGGAAUGUGGAAAAGCUUUCAGCCAGAGUUCAUCCCUUUCUCAACAUCAGAAAACCCAUGCUGGAGGGAAAACCAAAGAAUAUGGAAAAGCGUUUAGUGAGCAUUCAGCCUUUGGCCAGCAAAAGAGAAUUCAUACUGGAUAAAGACUAUGUAAAUGUGGUACAUUCAGAACAUAUUUAUCGAACAAUUACUAAACACGGUGUGAGGGCUACAAAGGAAUUUCAGCGUGUAUUACACAAAAGAUAUUAAUUGAGAAGUCAUUGCUGAUACAAGGCAUAGCUUACUUAGAAUGUGAAGGGGGGGUUUUACAUUUUUUCAGUGCAGCAGAGGACUUUGAAUUUCCUUGGGGAAAGAGGAAGAUUAUUUCCAACACUCUAAGGUGUAUGUAAGCUUCCAAAUCCUUGUGGGAGAAAUAGGGUGUGCGAUGAUGCAAAGAAGAGAUCUUCGCUGGAUAGUCUCUUAAUGCUAAGGAGAUGAAGCUUUAAAGAGAUGAGGGUUUCUUUAGGGAAAUUGCAGAGGCAGAAAUAAGAGAUUGAGAAUUCACAAUGAGUUUGUCCAGGGUUUGGGAGUAGAGGUGGAAGGAAAGUUGUCCUUAGGCUUAAGUAUAAGGUCACUUAGGAGAUAGAUGAGAAGGUUCGAGAAAAAGAACUGGGGUAGUGAACUCAAGAAAUGUUGAUUGAGAUAACUACUCAAAUUUGAGUGCUCCCAACCAGGGAAAAUGUUAGACUCGUUAGUUGGUCAGGUGCAAAGUUUCCACCCUGAUGCCAAGGAACGUUGGCCUGGCAGUCUGCUUCUGCGCUUUUUGUCUUGGAGACCUUGCUUAUUGAUUCACAGCUUGCUAAGAAUCAUAUUAACUCCAGGGGUCAAGGCUGACAGCCUAGAAAGAGAAGGUAUAGGAGGGACCUUUGAUGUUUUCAGUCUAUCUUAAGCUACCUAUUUUAAGCUAAGUUACCUGAGAAUAUGCUUAUUUAUAAAGAUUUUACCUCAAUCGUAUGUAGUUUGUACUUUAGAUUUAGUCAUACCAUAGUCAAAUUAAGUUGUAGACCUGAGCUGACACUGCAUAUUGGAUUGUGAAAGAUUCGAGAAGGCUUUGAAAUACUUACCUUUCACCAUUUUAUUCUUGGGUAGAGGCACAUGACAGCCUUGUAUAUAUUUUUUUCCAUUGGAACUUCGAAGGUUAUUGCAUAUUUUGAGUAUUGUGUUUUUAGUUUUCACAAGUUUGAUGAUAUGUCUUGAUGUGGAUUUCUUUGAGUUUAUCCUGUUUUCUGAACUUCAAUCUGUAGGUUUAUGUGUUGGGGAAUUUUUAGCCAUCAUUUCUUUGAACACAUUUUCCAGCCCUCACUCCUUUUCUCCUUCCAGGACCCUGAUGACACACAUGUUAGAUCUUUGUAGUCCCACAAGUUCCUGAGGCUCUGUUAUGUGAUUUUUUUUUUCCAGUAUAUUUUUAUCUCAAUCUGCUCAGGCUACCAUAACAAAAUAAUGUAGAAUGGGGGGGCUCAAACAACAGAAAUGAAUUUCUCACAGUUUUGGAGGCUGGGAAGUCCAAGAUCAAGGUGUCAGCUUUGGCCUCUGGUGAGGGCUCUCUUCCUGGAUUGCAGAGGACCACCUUCUUGCUGUAUCCUCAUGAGGCCUUUUUUUGGUGCUUGCAGGGGAAAAGAGAACUCUCUUCUAUUUCCUAUAAAGCUGCCAGUCCUAUCUGGUUAGGACCCCAGCCUUAUGACCUCAUUUAACCUUAAUUACCUCUGAGAAGCCCUGUGUCCAAAUACAAUCAUUUUGAGAGUUAGCACUUCAACAUAUGAAUUUGGGGGGCACACAAUUCAGUCCAUAGCAUUCUGCCCCUAGUUCCCCCAAAUUCAUGUUUAUGCAAAGUACAUUUGCUCCAUCCCAACAACCCCUCAAAUCUUAACUCAUUGCAGCAUCAAGUCUGAAGUCUUUACCUAAAUAUCACACAAAUCAGAUAUGGGUGAAGCUUAAGGUGUAAUUUAUCCUGAGACAAAAUUCUUAUUCAGCUGCGAAUCUACGAAACCAGAUAAGUUAUGUGUUUCCAAAAUAUAAUUGUGGGACAGGCAUGUGAUAAAUAUCCUCAUUCCAAAAGAGGAAAGAAGGAAGGAGUGAGAGGUCCCCAGCUAGUCUAAAACCCAGCAGGACAAAUUCCAUAAAAUCUUAAGUCUUGAGAACAAAUGCUGUUUGGCUUGAUGCCCCACCUUACAGACCCACUGAGGCAGUGAUCCCACAUUUUGGACCCACUGGUACAGCAGUCUCACCACCAAGGCUCUGCUGGCCUAUUGAAACUGAGAUGAUGUCCCUACCCUUUGAAACAGGAGGCAGCAAUGAUCCUGAAAUUGAGUCACUCUUUUUUUUUUGAAACAAAAAGCAUGUUCAUGGCUGAGUCGCUUUACUGUCCAGUCCUGUAGGAUCUAAGAAGUCGGACAGUCUUCCUCCAUUUGUCUAGUUUUUCUGUCCCUUGGGCCCAGCUGGCUUGUUUCUGCUGAUAUAAUCCCUGGCUUCUGUGGAGAUGCCUGAACUUAAUCACACCCAUGAGUCACACCCAUGAUCUCUUUUUCAAAUGGUUGUUCAGCCACACCCUUAGUGUUCUCAGGCAGAACAAGCUUUCUCCUAUUUUGCAACAUGGGUGGAUGGAAUUUUCUAAAUCUCCAAGUUCUAGGGUUUUGUUUUGUUUGUUUGUUUUUUUGUUUUUGUUUUUGUUUUUGCUUAACAAGUCUUCUUCAAUUUAUCUCUCGGCCUCUCCUAUUUUGUUAUAAGCAGUAAGGAGGGCCCGAGCUGCACCUUUAACACUUUGCUUGGAAAUCUGUGUUGAAUGUCCACAGUUUCUUUGCUCACAAGUUCUGCCUUUCACAAAACACUAGAACACCGUUCAGCCAAGUUCUUUACCACUUUACAACAAGGAUUACCUUCCUUCCAGGUUCCAGUAAUGUGUUCCUCAUUUCUGUCUGAGAUUUCAUCAGAGCAGCCUUUAACAUCCAUAUUUAUAGUGUGCACCUCAAAACUCUGCCAUCCUCUACCCAUUACUCAGUUCCAAAGGUGCUUCCACAUUUUUAGGUGUUUGUUAGAACAGUACCCCUCCUCUAGGUGCCAAAAUCUGUUAAUCUGCUUGGGGGUGCCAUAACAAAAUACCAUAGACUGGGGGGCUCACACAACAGAAGUUAAUUUCUCACCAUUCUAGAGGCUGGGAAGGCCAAGAUCAAGGUGUCUGCUGAUUGGUUUCUGGUAAGAAGGUUCUCUUCCUACUUGUAGAUGGCCACCUUCUUGCAGUGUCCUCACAAUCCUUCCUCAGUGCGUGCGGGCACAGAGAGAAUUCUCUCUUCUUACAAGGCUACCAAUCCUAUCAGCUUAAGACCCCAUACUUAUGACCUCAGUUAACCUUAAUUACCUUCUACAAACUCUAUCUCUAAAUACAGUCACAUUGAUUAGGGCUUCAACAUGAAUUAGUGGUUGGGGGAUGGUUAACACAUUUCCAUCCAUGGUAAUUUUCUUUCUGUUCAGAUUUAUAUUAUCUUCAACUUCACUGAUUCUUUCCUCUGCUUCUUCCAUUCUGAUGUUGACUCCAUCAUUGGAUUUUAUUUCAGUGAUAGUUUUCAGUUCCAUUUGAUUCUCUGUAUUAUAUUUCUUUAGUGAAACUAUUUUCUAAAUUUGUGUCAAGCAUGUUUGCCAUUGCUCAUUGAGGCAUUUUAUGAUGGCUGUUUUAAAAUCUUUUAUCAGGUAAUUCUAACAUCUGUGUCAUUUUGGUGUUGGCGUCUGUGGGUUGUCUUCUCAUUCAAGUUGAGAUUUUCCUUCUGUGUGUGCUGACAAUUUUCAGUUGAAAUCUGGGCAUUUUGAGUAUUAUGUUAUGAGACUCUGUCCUAUUUAAACUUCUGUUUGGGCAGGCCUCUGUGGAGAAAGGGUUGAGGGGAUACUGCUUAUUACUGUAGGUUGGUGUUGGAAGUGCAGGGAAAUCAUUGGCCUCUACUGACACCUGGAUAGGGGGCCUCACUCUGCCAGGUAGGGGUGGGGGUGGGGGUUACAACUCCCUACCAGACCUCUACUGACACCACACCAGCAAGGAAGGGGAGAGACGUCUUGUCUCUGGGUAGGAUUGGAAGCCUACUCCCCACGUCGUCUUCAGUGGACACUGCCAGGAUGGGAUGGGGAAAGAGUUGGUUUGGAAAAUUCUGUCCUGACUUGACCCUCUCAAUACUACUGUGGUGUGGGGGUGGAGCAUUGAGGAGCCUCGUUACAGACUGGUGAGGGUAGAAGUGUAGCCUCCCCACUUGGUCUUGGGUCUUCGGCUGGAGUAGGUUGGUUAUUAUCUAAAAGUUUUCUGUCUUCCUAGGCCACUUCUUUCCUCAUCCUUUUUCCAGAAAGAACAGAAUUUUCUUGCCCCCCCCCCGCCCCUUUUUUUUUUUUGGUCUGUGCUCAUUGGCAUUUCUCGGUUGCCAACUUCUUCUGAAUCCAGUCUGGGAUAGAUGAGGCAAAAGGAAAACCCAAGGACCUCAGUGCUGUGGUGUUCUUCAGGUCCUGAGGUCCCCAACUGGUCUGCAUUCUCUCCACCUUUCAGAAUCUUAUGUUGUUUUAUACAGAAUGUCCAUGGUUUUUAGCUGUACUUUGAGAAGUAGGGAAAGGCACUACUACAUAUUCCCCAUGACAUCCUUUCAUUUGACACCAAAAUAGCAGGUCAAGUUGUUGUCAAAUUUUUGUGGCAUACAUAGGUCAUUUGCAACCAGUUAGGAUUAAGUAUGAAGAGGAGUGCUCACUUGUUCUUCAAUAUAAGUUACCACGUUGGUAGGUAGGAACUACCAGGCUGCAAGCUUCAUCUAGCUUUCAAGGAACUAUAGUGUUUAAGUUGAGGAAAUGCCAGUAUUUAAUUGUAGAUUAUAAAUUUCAGAAGGAAGGAUAGAUAUGAUUAAGAAUAUAAACACAUAAACUUGUGUUAAUUUUUUUAAUUUAUAGCUUUGUUCCAAGAGCAUGUAAAAACCACUGGAGAAUUGAAUUCAGAAUUUUGGUGUGGUUUUUCUUCUAUAAUGUAUUACCUGUAUGUAGAUAUCUGUUCAUUUUAAUUUGAUAUAUAACACAGGAAAUCAUAGAGAACCAACAAAGAAUGAAAAUAAUUGGGAUUUGGGACAAAUCACUUCAUCCUUUUAAAUCUGUUUCCUCAUUUGUAUAUUUUUUAAAAAUGUAAUACCUCCUUCAGAGUGGCUAGACUAUGUAGAUAAUGGAUGCAAAGUGAUUUGCAAGCUAUCAAGUGCUAUAUAACUAUUAGGUAUUGUUGAUAUAGUCAUUUAAGACCUGUUCAUCAUGUAUACUUUAUGAUGGUGUAGUCCAA